AAAUACUUGAUAAUUUUUCUGUUGUCAACUUAAACUGGCAUUGCCCAAAAUGAGCUUACCGCGUGUUUUUAUUGAGCUUAGUGCUGAUGGCGAGAAAAUUGGCCGCAUAACCAUUGAGUUGCGUUCCGAUAUAGUUCCUAAGACAGCAGAAAAUUUCCGUGCCUUGUGCACCGGGGAGAAGGGCUAUGGCUACAAGGGAUCGCCAUUCCAUCGGAUUAUUCCAAAUUUCAUGUGUCAGGGAGGUGAUUUUACCAAUCAGAAUGGCACAGGUGGAAGAUCGAUUUAUGGCAACAAGUUUCCCGAUGAAAACUUUGAGUUAAAACACACCGGUCCGGGUAUUUUAUCGAUGGCCAAUGCUGGACCGAAUACAAAUGGAUCGCAGUUCUUUAUCUGCACCUCAAAGACCACUUGGCUGGACAAUAAGCACGUCGUAUUUGGCAAGGUUGUCGAUGGCAUGGAUGUGGUGCGAAAGAUUGAGUUGAUGGGCUCGAAUAGCGGUGCCACCUCAAAGAAAGUGCUCAUCGAUGAUUGUGGCGAUGCUUAAAAAGAGAGAAUGUAUCCUAUUAUAUUUGUAGCCAAAUUACAAACAAUAAAUUAACAAUAAAUAAAUAGUUAAAGCUGUGAACUAAA